AUGCUAGAGAGGCAUUGGCGAGGCAAGCACGCACUAGCGAGGCGCCGGGAGGGGCGGGCGUGUGCUUGGCGAGGUGUUGGCGUGCUUGGGCGGCUCGCUAGGGAGGAUUUAUUGCGGGAGGCUUGUUGUGUGGGAGAAAGGCAGGUGGGUGGGGGCUGCUGUAGGCAUGAGGAAGCGCACACGAGCUACUGGUUGUGCGGGCGUGCGCUGCGGGAGGCGCCGGUAGAGCAAUGGGCUGGGCUGCGGUGCGUGGAUGGGCAUGAGGGGGUGUCGGUGAUGGGUGAGCGAGAGGACGUAAUGGUCGGACCAAGUUUUCCGGUGCAAAUGACCAUAUGUAAGAGGGCUAUAGCUAGG